AUGGAACCUCUCGGAAUUAUUCACACCGUUUCUGGUAACGAACCACCAUAUAUGACAGCCAUGGAUGUCACCCAACAUGCACGUCUCAUGAAUGCGCAUAAAUCAUGGGACAAAAAGACGGUUACUAUGACUGUUUCAUUCACUCCCGGAAGUGUCUCACUAGCAUCAUGGGCGCUCACGCCCCAUGGUUAUAAAUGGGGUGCGGAGAAUAAAGAUCUCGGUAGCGACCAACCACAAGGGUUCAGCACGAACAUGGGAGAGAAAUGUCAACUUCUGCUUAGUGACAAGAUCCGCGGAUACUUCUUGGUACCCGAGACCAACUCAUGGAACUACAGUUUUAUGGGAAGUGCCUUUGGAAGCUUGGAGAAGAAGCCAAUACACGUGAAGAUCGAUACACCUACGCCUUUCUACAACGACCUACACAGACCUUUGCAUUUCCAGAACUUUGCUGAAUUGGAGGAUAUUUGGGUUGACAAUGAGGACAAGCUUGCUUAG